AUGAGUAAUUUAACUUUUAUCAUAUUUUUAAUUUUUAUACCUAUUUUAGUAAUAAUUUUAUUAUUACUUAAUUUAUUAUUAUCUGUUCAUAAACCAUCUACUGAAAAAGUAGAAGUUUAUGAAUGUGGAUUUCAUCCUGUGGGUGAACAAACACGAUCUGCCUUUAAUGUACAAUUUUUUCUUUUAGGAUUGUUAUUUAUGAUUUUUGAUGUAGAGCUUAUUUUAUUUGCUCCUAUAGUUAUUUCUAUUAAAAAUGUAGAUUAUUAUGGAUUAACUAUAGCUAUUAUUUUCUUUAUUUUAUUAACUUUUGGAUUUAUAUAUGAAAUAGGUAAAGGAGCUAUUAAUAUUAAUAAUGUUUUACCUUUACAUAAUAAUAAAUUAAAUAUUAAAUCUUAUUAA